AAUGUCGCGUGUAUGGUGGAUGUUGCUUUUAACUGUCCUGACUUCAUGUAUUGGUAAAAUCGGACCGUUCGUCUCAAAGGAAAAGCGAAGUCCAACUGACACGGCUAAAGGAAAUCAAAUAUUUGUUGCUUGCACCGACACCCUUGAAUGCAGCCAAACGUUGUAUUGUAUCCAUGGCAAGUGUCGUUGUGCAGAGGAAGACUACUGGACAGGCAAUGUUUGUUCCCCAAAAACAAACAUCAGUGCACCAUGUAACACGUCAAAUGAAUGUUACGGUAAAUUACUGUGUCGCGAUGGAACAUGUCAGUGUGAGGCCUACUUAUACUGGGAUGGUACAAACUGUUAUAACAAGAAAACAUGGAGACAGACGUGUGGUUCGUCCAAUGAAUGCGUUGACUUGCUGCAGUGCUCAGAUUCGACAUGUCAGUGUAGGGAAACAGACUUUUGGAAUGGUGAUAAAUGUGUUUCCAAAAAAGUUGUGUUUGAAACCUGUGCAUCCAGAGAUGAAUGCAAAGAUCCCAUGCAUUGUUACAGACACAGGUGUCAAUGUUUCAGCUCAGACUACUGGAAUGGUUCUUCCUGCUCAUUAAGAAAGACUAUUAAUUCCAAAUGCAUCACACAUUUGGAAUGCAGUGAAACUCUUCAGUGCAACUUAAAUAAAUGUCAAUGUUCUACCAAUGAUUACUGGAAUAAAAUUUACUGCACGAAAAGAAAGUCAGUGACGAUGUCGUGCAAGAUUGAAAAUGAAUGCCAGGAAGGACUUCGUUGUCUGAAGAAUACGUGUCAUUGCCCCACUAUUAAAUACUUGAAUGACAAUGAAUGUCUCCCUAAGAAAGAUCUGCAUUCCGAUUGUGAAUCAACUGUUGAAUGUAAAGAUACAUUAAGUUGCAGUGAAGGAACAUGUCGUUGCGACCAGUCAGAAUUCUGGCAAGAAACAGCCUGCAUUAAAAAAAGACGAAAAGACGAAUCCUGCAUGUCAACACAUGAAUGCAAGGAUAAUUUCCAAUGUGCCAAAGAACGCUGCAUUUGUAAAGAUACAUACUAUUGGGAUGGCUUUGAGUGCAGCUUAAGGAAAACAAUAAUGGUGUCAUGUAAUGAUUCAAUAGAAUGUGCAGACAAUCUUCACUGUAAAGAGUCACUGUGCGGUUGUAAAGACAUAGAGUACUGGAAUGGGUCUCAGUGCUUAAAAAAAAAAGAUUCAAGCACAAAAUGUUUAGAAACAAGGGAAUGCCAGCAAACCCUGUAUUGUGCUCGCGAGAUCUGUCAAUGUCCAGCAACAGACUUUUGGAACGGCUCUUUAUGUGUCCUAAAAAUCAGCUUUAAUGGAACAUGUAAAUCUUCAAUAGAAUGUGAUGAAACUUUACAGUGCAGAGAUAAUCGAUGUCUGUGUUGUGAAACAGACUACUGGGACGGACAAUUUUGUGUCAAACGAAAAGUUUAUAACAGUUCAUGCAGUACUCAUUCAGAAUGUAUGAAGGAGUACACGUGUUCCGACAACCUUUGUGAGUGUCCCAAUAAUGCAUAUUGGAAUGGUCAAACAUGCAUGCAACGAACUGAAUGUGAGGACUUUCAAUCUGGCGUGAAUGGUGUAUAUACUGUAUGGCCAAUAGGAAGUCCAACCCCUGUUAAGGUAUACUGUGUCAUGAAAGGAAGAGAAAAAUGGACGGUUAUACAGAGAAGACAGAGUGGUGAUGUAAACUUUUACAAAGACUGGUCGGAAUAUAAAUCUGGAUUCGGGGAGGUGAAGGAUGAUCAUUGGAUCGGUAAUGACAAUAUUCACUAUGUAUCCUCUGAUGGAGCUCAUGAGUUACGCGUUGAGUUGGAAGAUUGGGAUGGACAAAAUGCUUACGCAGAGUAUUCCACAUUUAUAGUCGGAGACGAAAGCAGCAAAUACGUUCUUACAGUCAGUGGAUAUUCCGGAACAGCUGGUGAUAGUUUAAUUCAUCACAAUGGCUACACAUUCCAAACAAAGGAUUUAAAUACUGGUUACGCAACGAAUUGUCAGGGUGCAUGGUGGUACCAAGAAUCAUGUGCCUACUCAAAUCUCAACGGUCAAUUUUCUUCAUGGAGCAGUUACCGACAUCGACAACAAACUACCUUUAUGACAUGGUAUCAUUGGAAAAAUCAAUAUAUUGGGCUAAAGGAAUCGAUGAUGAUGAUCAGACGUAAAUAUCAGAAACAAUGAACUAUCAAGACAUCAAACCACACCUAACAACAACUCCAAUUGGCUUCUACAAAGCUUUACCGACUUUGUUUGCAAUGUUUUCAACUACAAAUUAAAGCUCUUCUUGAUUUUUACAAUCUAAA